AACUUUGAACUGUGCUUUGCCCAUGGACCUGUCGGGUCCGCUUCUUGCAAAUCUGCAAAUCCGGGCACUGCCAGUUGGCUAUGACGAUCCAAUGUGCGCCCACUAUCCAUGUAUCGACUACAGCUCAUCAAGUGGUUAUGGCAUUGCAGUUUUCCGUACUUGGCAGGGUACUGCCCAGCGUGCGCCAGCCUUCAUUCGACCCAAUUUCCAAGUUUAUGACCUUUCGAUCUAUCCGGACAUUACUGGCGUCCGUCCAGGCUUCUCUGGAGUGCUCGGUGGUUCGCUUUUGUACAUCACUGGACGAACCUUUGAUGUGGAUCUAUCAAAGACUCUGGUCAGUGUGGGAGAUGAACCAUGCCAUGUCAAAAGUGGCAAUAGAACAAGCAUUACCUGUGAGCUCGACUUGUUGAACAACCUCAGCUGUGUCGAGUUUGAAGUCUUCGUUGGUGCGAGUCCAGACUCAGAUACGAAGCUGGUGCAGCACGACGGCAAUGGCUUGGAGGUUGCUGCUUGCCGUGCGGGGUCGACUCGCGGCAAGGACCUGGGUCGAAGCUUCACCGUCAAUGUGAACGCAUCGUACAAGCAGAGCCAUUACUGGGUCGAAGACUCCUGUCAAGCCGAAGGUCGUCAGAUCAGAGGACACAUUGCAGAGGAGAGUGAAGCGCGUCUCACAUUUUGCUGCACCAUGAAUGGCAGCACCUGUGUCGGGCCGAAGUAUGGCCAGGUCACCACAACUCAGCCAACCUUCUGGACGGGCUGGGGUCCUUGGGUGCAGCUGGAAACCACAACUGCUGACCCUUUGUUUGGAACCUGUCUACAGCCCCAAAGCCAUCGAGACGCAGAGCUCACCUGCCAACUUACAGGGAUGAGGCUUUGCACAAGAACAGAGCUGAACUCGGGUUUGUGCUGUGCAGCUGACUGCAUCGGCGAUGGAAGUGCUGAAGUCGGCACUUGGUCCAGCGAAGCAGGAUAUCUACAAGAGCUCGCCAUUACUUCAGAUGAUGCCGAACCGUGGACUGAGGAGCUAUGGAUUCGCUGUGAUGAAAAUUGUCGAUUUCCUUUCAAUGUGACCUACCCAGACAUGAAUGGAACGACGACAACCACCACAAAGUACAGCCCAGAGCAGCUGGCGCUGUGGGAGUUUGCGCCCUGGUUGCGGCCGUUAGACUUCGAAUGGCCAAGUGAAGUGGUGGAGGAGAUUUUACCCUUGGGCCCACCGGUGCCAGAGCCACUUCUGCCAGCAUCAGCGCCCAUGGCAGCACCCUUUGCUGGAGGAAGAGGCCUUGUCUACCGCAUCUACUACAAUCCAAACAAUCUGCCACUGCAUCGUGCUCUAGGUCAUGAGAACCUGGGCUACCCGCAGAGUCCGAUGGAGACUGGGGUGCUGUAUGACAUGCUGCGAGGUGCGCUGCAUCACGUGAAGUUCGAAGAGGUCUCUGCGACUUCCCUCGCUGUGAAGCGUCAAUAUGUCGCAGCAACACCACUUUCGGAUGACACUGGCUAUGACCUCUAUGCUGAGGAAAUUGUUGGCUUCUUCGUGGCACCUUUCACUGGUACCUACAACUUCUAUCUUGCGGCAGAUGAUGAGGCUGACCUAUCGCUCUCCAGCAGUGAGGAUAUGUCCGGCAUGAAGGUGGUGGUGCGAGCUUCUUCGACAGAGAGUCAAGCGAUGCCGCGCUUCACACCAUUGGCUUGGUUUGGCAAGCCAUGCACACAGGGCCUUCCAGACCUUCCAGAUGCCAAUGCGCCUUGCUCUGUCUCGCCUUCUUUGCACUUCGAAGUAGGUGAGAGAAGAUUGAUCCGAGUUCGCCAUCGAGAAUUCAGUGGAUCUGAUUGGUUGCGUGUGGGUCUCCGCAUCCACAAUGCCAAAGCAGCAGAUGGGUCACCUCCACCGGAGGACUUGGUGAGGAGCAAGUCCUUUCUGGAAGUGCAACGCCUUACUAUGACUGCCUCCGUGGUGCGAGAAAGGCAUCGCAUCAACUUGGACCGAGUGCUCAGAGGCACCUUCUUUGUGCGUGUGCGACGCUUUGCCCGGAACUUUCUGCGCGAGGGCACAUCAGGUGGGGUGACCUAUGGCGAUGAUCCAGAGAAACUGGCCGUUGCAUUGUGGGAGACACAGGACCUUUAUGGCCGAGUUUUGGAGUGCCAACCCACAGUGACCCGCGCAGAAUAUCCCGAGAGGCUAAGCUACUUUGUGACUUUCCCAUGUCCAAAGCCCGACGACGGCAACGAACACGCAGCUGCUUUGCAGAUCAUGCCUGGUCUCGAUGUAAUCGGAACUUCAGUGGUGACUUGGGCCAUGACAAGUUCCAUCGUGCAGAGAAGUUCCAUGGUCGUCACUGGGAGUUUCCGCCUGUCCUUCCGUGGACGGUGGACGGAGGAGAUCCCGUAUCACGGCUGGGACCUGAUCCAAGAUGAGCUCAUGAAACUUCCUGGACUUCAUAGCAAAGAUUCAGUGAGCCUCUGGCCUUUUGAACAAGUGCUCCAAGAUGGUCGUGAAGGAUGGUCUGUGGGGCUUCUUCUCGGAAAUGGAGGUGGUGAAGAUCUGCCCGAAAUUCGGGCGGACGUGUCCAAGCUUUCAGGACCAGGUGUGCGUUUGACCACUGAAACUUUGGCCAAUGGCUCCACAGAUCUUUUCCUGGAGGAGAUCCCUGCGGAUUGGUUUCGAACUGCACAUUCAGAGCCGCAGGUGGUUGUGGAGAGCAACGGAGUCGUGGCCAUGGCUUUGGAUGCCGCAUUUCGUCGUUCUGAGGAUUUCACGCCACGACUCAUGGAGUUACAGCCGCUUACAGUGCAGGUUGGGACAGAACUCUACCUCCGAUUUGAUCGGAUAGAUGGAAAUCAUCUGCGUGGCGAUGCGAUCCCGGCAGGGCGAGCACCCUUUGAGGUCUGGGUCGGACCAUCACCCUGCAAUCUCACGUAUUUUGCCUGUGAGAACGGCAUCGAGCGAAAUUGUGGUGCCUUUCCAGAAGUGUGGAAUGUUCGAUGCACCAUUUUGGAUGGUCGUGCAGGAUUGCAGACACUCAAGGUCGUGGUUGAUGGCCAGGGCUAUCCACAGUUCACCAACGUCACCGUCGCAUUGCCUACUCCGAAGAUCGAUUUCCUGCCACGUCUCUAUGACGUCCAACCCUCCCGUGGCAGCUGGGCUGGCGGAAGUGUCGUAGUCCUCUCGGGCGACGGCUUACAAGGUGACGAGGCCUGUGACCUGGUUCACUUCGGUGCUUUGCAGCUGAUGGAAGUGCCACCUGAGUUCUUCGAGGAGGAGACGGUUCGACCUAUGGGGCGACUCAUUCGCUGCAUGGUACCACCCGCACCUGUGAUGCCACAGGCAUGCGAAAUUCAUCCAUCGGGGACUUGUGAUCUCAUUGACGACCUCGCAGUUCCAGUGAGCAUUGCUGGCUACGCCACAGAGAUCUUCUUCAACUAUUCCAGUGCAGUGACUUCAGUGGUCACUGGCAUCACACCCGAACGCUCCGCGGCGAUGAGUGGAAUGGUGUUCUUGACUGGCUUUGGCUUUCCCAUUGUGUCACGUACAGCUCCCUUUACUCCGCCAGCGCUUGCGAAGCAUGUGGUGCUUCAUAUUGGCGGACAAAGUUGUCGCAUUGAGGAGUCAACGCCAACAUCGCUGAGUUGUUUUCUCAUUCGGCAUCCGCCCACGGCAUCUGGGAAGAGCCGUGUACAGCUGUGGAUGCUGGGCUGGGGGUUUGCCUUGGUCACGCCGGGGGUCUUCUUCUCCCACGCCUUUGCAGUGACUCAGGUGUCUCCCAGCAGUGGAAGCUGGCACGGUGGAGCUCUGUUGGAUAUCGGUGGACGGGGCUUUCAUCCCGAGAUCUUCCGGCAAGAGGUGGUGAUCCGUUUGGCCCUGCAGAAUGGGACCAUCCAGGACUUGCCAUGUCCUUUGGUACCCACGUCAUCUCUUCAAAGUCGACGGUUGCAAUGUCAGGCACCAUCACUCUCUGAGCCUUUACUCGAGUACAUCAGGACUUCGCAAGAGGAGAGCCUGGGUGAGAUCGUGGGUCACGUCACGGUGCGGCUGAACAGCAUCGAGUCAUCCUGCGGUUUGGAAGGAGAAGACGUGCCGGGAUGUGCCUACAGUUUCUCUCGGCAGAGCACACCUGCAGUGGUGGAUGUGUCUCCACAGCAUGGCUCAACUCUGGCUUCAGAGGCCCCGAUGAUUCGAAUCAUCGUGGCGGGCUGGGAUGGCUCAAAAUCGGAUUCAGAGGUCUACUUUGGGGCGCAGGAGUGUGAGGUGAAUUUCACGAAGCGUUUGGUGCUGCGAUGCCCCAACUGUGGACAGGGUCAUUGUAUCUCCAACGUGCUCAAUGCAGACAUCGCAGAUGUUGCUGGUAAGCCACAAGAAUCUGCAGUGGCAUGCCAGUGUGAUCCCGCCUGGUUCGGUGAAAACUGUGACAAGCCCUGCACCUGUGUCUAUCCUGGCUCCAUUUCCUGCAACGAUGGAGCCAAAGGUGACGGUAGCUGCACCUGCGAGAAUCUCCACAACGGCACGAACUGCGAACUUUGCGAUACCGGUUACUACAAAUCACGUGCCGGUGGUUUCUGUGAUACCUACUGCGAUCGCAACGACACAUGUUCCAACAAUGGGGAGUGUAAUGAGCGUGGACGUUGCCAGUGUGACCUCUGGUAUUUCGGUGAAACUUGCGACUGCUCCUGCAAUGGCAGAGGGAUCUGCGAGUCGGAUGGCUCUUGCAGCUGCGAUGCCCGCUUCACUGGCGAUCGAUGCGAGCUACCUGUGCUGAACCAGUCAUCUGUGGAAGAGUGUGGUAACUGCAGUGCUCGGGGCAUCUGUGUGGCAAGCGACUUGGGCUGUCGAUGUCUCGCAGGGUUCUUCGGAGAGACCUGCGAGCGCUCCUGUGGUGACUGCCAAGCUGAGAACACCCUGUUAUGUAGCGAAGGAUUCUGCUACUGCAAACAAGGGUCGUGGGGUCCCCUAUGCGAGAACACCUGCAUGUGUUCGUCCAUGGGCACAGAAUCUUGCGACCCCGCAGAUGGAAGCUGCCGUUGCCGCACUGGUUGGCAAGGUUCAGCAUGCGACCAAUGUGCAACGAACUAUUAUCCCGAGGGCCAAUGCAACAUCUUCUGUGACGGAGCUACAACGUGCAGCGGAUUUGGAACGUGCAGCCCUGAAGGACAAUGUGUUUGUACCGGAGCGCGUUCCGUGGAAUCCGCGUGCAGCCAAUGUUUGCCACACUACUUCCCGGCGGAGGAUGUGCUCACAGUCAUUGGGAUGACAGAUCCGCCGGAGAUCUAUGUUGAGGAGACCCGGGAAAUCGAGAUUGACUGCCCAGGUGAAGAAAACGAGACCGAUGACUGGGAGAUGAAUCUGAGCUUCAAUGACACGAAUGGAAGUAAUGGCACCAAUGGAUCUACCCGUGGUAUCAUGGUCGGCGACAGAGGACCCCGCUGUCGCGUCAACAUCACUGUGAAUGUAUCGUUGAACACCACAGAUAUGGUGCAGCCGAUCACGAAUCUGAUCGCAGCUUGUUCCCGCUACUGCAAUCCUACCAUCAGUUGCUCUGGCUUCGGUACUUGCGAUCCUAUCAGUGCUGCGUGCAUUUGCGACAAUGAUCACUUCAGCUCUGACUGCAGUGGUGUUUGCUCAGACCAUUGUUACGCUGAAGGAACAGAAUUCUGUUCGCUAGCAACGGGCGCUUCAACGCCAACCUGCACUUGCAAGCCCAGCUAUUGGGACACAGACUGUCGAUGGAGUUGCACCUGCACCACUGCUGGCACCUUGUCUUGCAACGACGGCUCUUCGGGUGAUGGCUCUUGCCUUUGCAAGUCCGGCUUCAUUGGCUUUGCCUGUGAUAGUUGUGCCGCCUACAUGUACCCUCCGGGUGAAUGUUUCCGUCGUUGCGAAGAGGGCGUAGAUUGCCUGGAAGGAACUUGUACUCCUUUCACCGGUAUUUGUGAAUGUCAGACCGGCUGGGAAGGUACCAAUUGUGGUUGCAACGUGGAUAUGAGUCCUGGCGAUAGCUGCGGAGGGCAAGGCUUCUGCGCUGACAAUGGCGCAUGCAUUUGCGACGUCAGGGUGCAAGGAAGCCAAUGUGCAGACAGCAAGUCCUAUCAACUCGCUGAGACAAACUGUCCGUACUGCAACAACGUGGGCAUUUGCGUCGAGGAUGCUGGACAAUUUGCGUGCAGCUGCGCAAAGAAGCUGGGCUACUACGGAACCAACUGCGAGGUUUUUUGCAGCAGCUGCAACCCCCUCAACACCAGGACCUGUGCAAUUCUGAACCAGGUGGAGACAUGUGACUGUGAGGAUUGGUGGUGGGGUGCAGACUGCAGCCGACCAUGCCCCUGCAUUCUGGCGGGCUCAAAGUCGUGCCUUGCAUCAACGGGGCAGUGUGAAUGCAAAGAGGGCUGGGCCGGUAUCUAUUGCGAGCAGUGUGCACCCGGCUACUAUCCUGAGGGUGCCUGCGAUGUGCAGUGCGAUUUCGGCACCACCUGCCACCUGAACGGCAUUUGCGGGCCAUCGGGCUCAUGCCUUUGCAACGACUUGUGGGAAGGUGAAGGUUGCACCUACUGCACCUUCGAUGGGCUUCCAGAGGUUGGAGACAACACCACAAGUUAUCCAUAUCCACCGUGCUCGACGCGUUGUUCCGAUUCCACAACCUGCAACGGCCACGGUCGAUGCACAGAUGUUGGCCUUUGCGAAUGUGAUCGUGGCUGGUACGGUGGGCCGGUGGUCUGCUGGGAUCAAGUUCUGGCGAGUCAAAACGGAUGGUAUCGGACUGCUGAUAUUCCAGAUUGCAACAUUCAAAUGCCUCUGGGUGCUGGAUUUCGCAGCGAGUGUAGUUUGCGGUGUACUUGCAGCUACCCUGGAACUCACUUUUGCCGCGAAGGGCGCACCGGCGAUGGGCUGUGCGUUUGUCACUCGGGCUGGGGUGGCCUCGAUUGCGAGCGCUGCGAUGAAGGCUAUUUCCCCGCACCCGAAACAGCUGCACCCUCUUGCACGACGCUCUGUGUGUCCAGUGUCACCUGCAGUGGCCACGGUGAGUGCAAUGACUUUGGCACCUGCGACUGUGACAGCGGUUGGGCGGGUCGAAAUUGUGACCACUGCGCGGAGAACUGGUUUCCUCUAGGUUCCUGCGAUGUCUACUGCACCAUGCAGGAGACCUGUUCGUAUCACGGCAGGUGCAGUCCUCAAGGACUUUGCCUUUGUGACGAUGGGUGGAUGACGGGCUCAAGGUCGCCCUACCAAUACGCUUUGGACGAGCUGAACUUGGAGGAUUUCUUCCCUGGAGGCAAUGCAUCUUUCGGAGAUGAACAGCUAUGGUUUCUCGACAUGGCGCUGCGGUUGGAGGGGCAUCCCCCGUAUCCCCAUCCAGCAUCCAGCUAUGCUAAGGCGGUGUUUGGUCUCCUGCAGUUCAAGGUUGGCUUAGUCGUGGCAAAGACUUUCAACAAGGAGACGAAUGUCUAUGAAGGCUACCGCGUCGACAAGGUCGUUGGUAGCAUCCAGAGGCAGAAUGAGGUGACCCAGAAGUUUGGCUUCCCGGCAGUUGCGGAACAGACCAUACAAGCAGGUGACAAGAUUCUUUGCAUCAACGGAAAGAAGAGCGCCCUGGAGAUGGAAAACCUUCUGAAGAAUGCUCCGGGCAUGUUGUGCCUUCGGCUUCGUCGGGACUACGCACGACCAACGGAGGAGCCGCCGGAGCCCGUCCCGGAGCCCGUCGUGGAGCCCGUCGUGGAGCCCGUCGUGGAGCCCGUUACGCCGGUGGAAACUCCGGUGGAUCCUGCUGAGGGCGCUGAGGGCGCCGAGGGCGAAGGUGAACCAGCGCCUGUGGAGACUGUGGAGAUGCAUGUCAUCUCUUCGCACCUGGGAUCUGCAGUACUGCCUGAAUGUACGACGCUGUUGAAGCAGAAGGUGGAUAUUUGCCAGUCCAAGCUGGGGAUGUGGUGCAGGUUGGAAUGCCACAGCUACAACCAACGCCGGUUGGCUUCCAGUGGAUGUGCUGAGUUGAGGGAGGUAGUCCGCUGCCAGAUCUGCCUGCCAAUAAUCCCCCUAGUGUAG